AUGUCGCGCAUCAACAUUCCCCUCGACGCGCUCACCAGCCGCCUCAAGUGAGUAUUCCCAUCUCGAGCAGGGACAGCUCAGAGCGUCGAACACGUGCUAACUACUCGACUGUGCAGCCUCCAGGGCCGCUUCGAUGCUGUGCGAAAUGCCUCCGUCUCGUCGCGAUUCGCGAACCUCCGCCCCAUUAGCGAAUUCCUCGAUGUAAAGCGCAUCUCCAAACCCGCAGACUUCGGCCAGGUGCAGAACCGUGUCAACUACAACCUCUCCUACUUCUCCUCCAACUACGCGGCGGUGUUUGUCAUGCUCAGCAUCUACAGCUUGCUCACGAACCUGACACUUUUCUUUGCGCUGGUGCUGAUAAUUGCUGGAAUGUACGGAAUUGGCAAGCUUGAGGGUCGGGAUCUCGACGUGGGUUUCGCGCGUGCCAGCGUGUCGCAGCUCUACACGGGUCUCUUCGUCAUCGCAGUGGUAGGUGUUUUCCGCGCGCUCGCAUCUUGACGUGUCUAACCGCGUAGUAGCCUCUGUUCUUCUGGGCGUCUCCGAUCACUUCGAUCCUCUGGUUGAUCGGUGCUUCUGGAGUGACCAUUCUCGGACACGCAGCGUUGAUGGAGAAAGAUGUAGCAGCUAGUUUCUCCGAGGAGGCGGUCUAG